AUGAAAGGCCACACUAAAGAAACUUGCUACAAGGUAGUAGGAUAUCCAAAAGAUAACAAAUUCAAGAAGAAGUACAAUUCACAAGCAACAGCCAAUUUUGCAGCUGAAGAUGUCCCAGCAACAACAACUGGUUCUACUCCUAUGGCUCCCACAUUCACUCCAGAACAAUAUCAGCAGAAUUUACAACUACUUAAAGAUAGUGGUGCCUCUAACCACAUGGUUUCAAAGCUAGAAGCAUUAGAUAAUCCAACCUCACUCCUAAAAUCUAACUCAGUUCAUUUUCCAAAUGGGGAUGUAGCUGCAAUUACACAUAGUGGAUCAACUAGUAUAUUCAAGAACCAACAGAUUAGUGAUGUUCUUCAUGACCUCUAUACUGGGAAGGUGUUGGAGAUUGGUAGUGACACAAAUGGACUGUACAUACUCAAAGAUUGCAUAUGCAGGAGGAAGCUUACUACACCAACUGUACAUACCACAAUCAUGCCGACUUCUAUGUCAGUUAGUCAAGAUUCAAUGAAACUGGAGAUAUGGCACCAGAGACUUGGUCGCCUACCUGUGGAGACACUUAAGAGGAUUGAUAUGUUCAAAAAUCUCCACAUUACUAACAGCAACAGUGAUCGUGCAAUGUGUCAUGUUUGUCUAUUAGCUAGGCAGACUCGAUUGCCAUUUCCAAUCCUGAGAACAAAUAAUGGUUCUGAAUUUGUUAAUUCAAAUAAGAAGCAGUUAGUUGAGACAUUAGAAAUUAUACAUCAAACUACAUGUGUUUACAUUCCGCAGCAGAAUGGCAUAGUGGAAAGAAGACACAGAUACAUCCUUGAAACAGCUAGAGCUUUGAGAUUUCAAUCUGGAGUACGCUUAAGAUUUUGGGAUGAGCAUUUAGCCUCACCUGCUUCUGAUGUUGUUCAGGAGAAUCCACCUACACCUGCCAAUGACUUUGCACUUAGUGAUGCUGAUUCACCACUAACUCCUGAAGCACAAUUUGAUAUUCCUGCACCACAGAAUGUUGAAACUCUCCAAUCUCCUUCACAUGUAGAGGUUGUUCAACCCAUUGCAGUUAGAAAAUCCCAAAGAACAAUUGGUCCUCCCAGAUGGAUGCAAGAUUAUGUGACAAGUUCUUGUGCAUAUCCUAUGUCCAAUUAUCUGAGCUAUGAUGGGUUAUCUCCUUCAUAUAUAAAAUGUCUCAUUGCAGAAUCAGUCAUUGUUGAGCCCAAAUAUUACUCUGAGGCAACAAAAGAUGCAAGAUGGGGGGAUCUCUUUGAAGAAGUAUACAUGCAUCUUCCUCAAGGUUUUGGCACCAAGGGGAGUCUAGAGCCAAGGAGAGGUGAUGCUUUGGUUGUUGCCCUAGUUUAUGUGGAUGACCUUCUGGUGAUAGGUAAUAAUCAGCAACUUAUUCAAGCUGCUAGAGAUAGCCUUCAGAAGAAAUUCAAAAUGAAAGACUUAGGGGAGCUCAGAUUCUUCUUAGGCAUAGAAUUUGCCAGAAGUAAGGCUGGAAUUCUAAUGAAUCAAUGCAAAUAUACCCUUGAUUUGAUAUCUAAUUCAGGGCUAGGGGGAGAAAAACCUGUGUCAACACCUUUGGAAGUAAAUCAGAAGCUCACAUCAGUGGAAUUUGAUGAAGCUCCGAAGACCAAAGAUGAUGAGGAUACUAUUCUGGCUGAUGAUGAACCAUAUCAAAGGCUCGUAGGAAAGUUGCUCUACCUUACCAUGACCAGACCUCAUAUUACUUAUGUGGUUCAGAAUGCUCCAGGUUUGGGAUUACUGAUGUCUUCUGCAGACUCUCGUUCCUUGGUUGCUUAUUGUGACUCCGACUGGGCAGCCUGUCGACAGUCUAGAAAAUCUGUCACAGGUUACAUUGUGAAGUACGGGGAAUCACUUAUUUCUUGGAAAUCCAAGAAACAAAGCACGGUGUCAAGAAGUUCAGCAGAGGCAGAGUUUAGAAGUAUGGCUUCAAUAGUAGCUGAAUUAUCAUGGCUUGUGGGUCUGUUUAAGGAGUUAGGCAUCAAUGUGGAACUGCCCAUAGACCUCUUUUGCGACAGUAAAGCAGCUAUACAGAUAGCUGCCGAUCCAAUAUUUCACGAGAGGACCAAACUAUUGACAUCGAUUAUCAUUUUGUACGGGAGAAGUUGCAGCAAGGUCAAUAUCUCUGGCUUAGUAAAGAGAGUAGAAAACGACGACCUCAAAAAUCACGGAGAAAACGGUGUGGCUGUUCCAAUUGUUGGCGUGCCGCCACGGAACCCCGAGAACACACCUGGGCCGACUCCAGCGGAAGCAGCAAGUGUCAUGAAGCUUGGAGCUGAAAUAUGUAUAUUUGAGUUGCUUGAUUGGAAUUCUGGUUUCUUUGGAGUUAUGAAGAACUGUAGCACGAGAGGUAUUGCACAAAUUCAUGUUGUGAUCUAUUUUGAACUUGUUAAUCCUUUUGGUAUUGGAGGUGCGGCUUGGAGUAUUGAAAUGUGCUGUUAG